AAAUUUGUACGAGUGUUGUCCACUUCAGCAAUUGCUGGAAUCCUAUUACAGGGAAGUCUCAAUCCCACUGUUCCGAACGCUAAUCCUUUUCUUAUUCUCUGCUCCUUUUCAUGCCCUGACGUAAUCUCGUGUUGGGCUUUUAUGGCAGCGCGCGUGUUCAACGCUCCCUUCUCACGUGUCACCUUCCUAUUGUCCUCAAAUAUCGACGGUUACUUAUCUCUCUCGUUCGCUCAACCCUGCUAUUCGCUCCAUUCUUGAUUUUCUAUUUUCCUUCGCUUUCUCGGGAAACUUACAGAGGAAAACGAAAAGCAGGAGGAGAACAAAUGUUAUUCAUAAUUUACUUCUUGUUCUUCUCUCUCGGUCAAUGUAGUGUUGAUUUUGACGUAUUGUUGUCUUUCAAAGACUCUGUUUUUGACCCUUCAAACUCGCUUUCCUCCUGGGUGAACUCAUCUAGCCCUUGCUCUGAUUCUUGGUAUGGUGUUACAUGCAACCCUACUACUCACCGAAUCACAAGACUUGUUCUUGAUAACAUGAACAUUUCUGGGUCGACUCAAUCAUUGAGUCAGCUUUCUCAACUAAGACUCCUCAGCCUAAAAAAUAACCGCCUUUUCUCUUCCUCCUCUUUUAACGUCUCUUCAUGGCGUUAUAUAAGGCAUCUUUAUCUCUCUGGAAACCACUUCUCUGGAGUAUUCCCGACCGGAAUAUCCACUCUCAGGCGGCUCCACCGGCUCGAUCUUUCACAUAACAAUUUCCACGGCGGGAUUCCAAUGGCAAAGUUGACUCGAUUGCCUUUCUUGUUGACUCUCCGCCUCGAGUCCAACUCGUUUUCCGGACCCCUCAACUCAAUUGCCUUAUCUUCUUCCAUGUUAGACUUCAACGUUUCGAAUAAUAAGCUCUCCGGCAAGAUCCCCACUUGGAUGUCUCGUUUCCCUGCCUCUUCCUUUGAAGGAAACAAGGACCUCUGCGGGCAGCCUCUGCCGUCCGUUUGUUUUAAUCCAACGGCUCUUCCUGCGCCCUUAAAACAAAGGAUGCAUCAUCCCGAAAGCAAGAGGUUAAGCGAUAGGGUGGUACUGAUGAUCAUCGCCGUCGAUGUAGUGGCGGUGACAGCCGCGCUGUUUACUAUCACGUGGUGUUGCUGCCGGUACAAGUGUUGUUCUGGUGGAGCCCACAAGGGAGUUCUACAAGCAAAAAGUGGGUCCAAAUUGCAAAGGCGAAGUUGGUCCAGAAAACGGGAGGUCGAGGCGGAGGAAAUGGUGGUGUUUGAAGGGUGCAAGGGUUUUAUAAAAGUGGGUGAUUUGUUGAAAUCUUCGGCUCAGUUGUUAGGAAAAGGAAGUUUGGGGACCACUUAUAAGGUGUUGAUGGACGGCGGUGAUGUGGUGGUGGUGAAAAGAGUACGGCAGAGGAGGAAGAGGAGGAAGGAUGUUGAUGGGUGGUUGAGAGUAAUGGGUGGGCUGAGGCAUACUAAUAUUGUGAACCUCAUAGCAUAUUAUAAUUCCAAGGAUGAGCUGCUUUUGGUUUAUGAUUUUUUACCAAAUGGAAGCUUGCAUUCUCUCUUGCAUGGAAAUAGGGGACCAGGAAGGACGCCUUUGAGUUGGAGUACGAGGUUAAAGCUAGCCGGAGGGGCUGCACAAGCCCUAGCAUUUAUCCAUGGUUACAGCAAAGCCAAGAUCUUUCAUGGACACCUUACAUCAUCAAAUAUCAUAGUUGAUCGACAGGGCAAUGCCUGUAUUUCUGACUGUGGUCUUCACCAAGUUGUGCAUGCCACAUCUCUGUCAAACGAUGACUAUAAAGCUCCGGAGCUCAUGCUCAACAACGGUGAAGAUGGUGGCCUUAUGAGCAAGUAUACCCAAAAAUGCGAUGUUUAUAGCUUUGGGGUGAUCUUGUUGGAGAUAUUGACGGGGAAAAUGGUGAGUGGAGAAAGUGGGAUGAGUUUGGUGAAAUGGAUUCAAAGCGUGGGAAAAGCAGAGUGGGCGUGGGAGGUGUUUGAUUUUGAGAUGUUAGGGGACAGGGAGAUGGAAGAGGAGAUGGUGGAUCUAAUGCAAGUGGCGUUGUUUUGCGUGGCUUCAUUGCCAAAAGAUCGUCCAAAGAUGAGCAUGGUGCAUAGGAUGAUUGAAGAUGUUAGGACUAAGGGUGCAAGAAAUGGUGGGACGAUUUGUAUUCUGAAUGAUUUUUCCUCUGAUUCUUCUCCUGCUCUAUCAGAAAGAACUAUUAGCUUCAAAUAGGGAAAACCAGCAUAGCAUUAAUAAGUUUCAUGAGACAGAAGAGGAAGGAGAUAGUAAUGAUAGAGAAAGUCCUUUUUUUUUUUCUUUUUUGUUUUUUGGGUCUGCAUUGUGAGAUUAAAAACAUUUGAUUGGAUUGCAUUCCUUUAGACAGUUUCCUAAAUCCAAACAAAUGGAUCAAUAUGGUUUGAUAUGAAUGUGAUAUCAGUCAUUUAGUAAUUUUUCACUGGAAACAGUACCACGUGGGACACAAGAUGCUAAGGUGCUAGUCGUUACUGAGGCACAAGAUGGUGUCACACCAUAGAGGAACAAGAAUCUAAAAUCAGAUGCCUCAAAACAAUGGAAGAGUGGUCGACCAAAUCUUGGCAUGCCCCCCUGUCCAAUGAAAUUGCUAAUCUGCUGAAAUUACUACAGUAUGACUUGUUUAUGAACUUUGGUAGGAGACACAAGAGGUACCUGAUUGGGGCCAUGCUGAAAUCCUCAAAUAUGGUUGAAAGCUAGAAGCUGAAUUGAGAAAAUCUGAGAACCGGUUAAAAUGGCUGAAAAUGAAUACGAAAACGAAUACAAAAUGGAAUGAUGCAGUUUCACACGGUGUUGUCGUCUUCUGGCAUGCCUGGAAAGCCAUUAUUUCCAAUCCAGGGCGGUGCCUGCGGGCUGGCUUUGGGGUCCAGUGGCUCGCGUUUGCAAUCUGCCAAAGAGAAAUAUAGCUUUGCUCUGUAUUCCGGUGUCAAACUAAACCAUUGGGCAUUGGCUUACUGCGUGGUCCUUGUAAAUCUUUUACACGGUUACAUUUCUUUUUCUGCGUAAAACUGGUCUUUAUUUCAACACCAACUUGAAUUUUACUCCAAUCCAAAGAAUCCUGGCCUUCCAAGGGAAAACCCGAAGACUUUUACUCAUAUAAAUCAAAUUGAACUAGUGUAAUACAACUUUGAGUAUGCUCCGUAAAUUUAUGCACAAUUUUCUAACCAUAUUAACAGUGUAGAGAAAGACACCAAAAAUGAAG